AUAAAAUAAUGACAUUGGAUAACCAUAUGGCCAAGAGUGCGGUCGUGUAUCGUAUGUUAUUAUGGGGAACAAUAUAUUUAUUCUUACGCUUAUUUUAGUUCUUUAUAUAAAUCAUGAAAGCGAUUUAGCAAUUAUUGUACGUAGAUUCGUACAUCAAACGGACUUAUCGGAGCUUUGCAAGAGACGCGUGAUGCCGUCCAUAUUCUUGGGUAAUCAGGUAAUGGAGUCUAGCUCGCACGUCAUGCACUUUUCACUUUUAGAAGUUCCUUAUAGCUGUUUUUUGAGCGUCAGAGCUGAAUCCGGUUACAAUAUAAUUUUGGUAAUUGAACUGCUGUCGGAGAAUAGUUUAGCGGAAGAAUGUGCUAAUAAUCGAGAUCAGUUUAUCGUUUACGAGCUGGGCGAAACAUUUGGGGGCUACUGGGGUUCACACUCGGACGCAAUGAUGAAGCCACUAACCAGAAAUUAUACAAAAUAUUAUACAUUAAAAACAACACCCAGUAAAAAUACUAAAAGAAUUGAAACAGGAACUAUGGUUGAUCAUGAAUCUUGGGAUAAUAUUGUUCAAGCAGCUCCCGCGAUGGCUGUUGUUUUAAAUAAGACUGAACCAUUCCUUAACAGUAAUAAAAUUAAUAAAACAAAUGUAGAAGUAAUAUCAGAUAAGAAAACCAGUAAAAGAAAAAAGCGUUACAUCCAAUCGUUGCUAAUAGAAAAUUCUCGUCCGCGGAAUUUGACAACAAAACGUCCAGUGAGGACUGACACAGAGCCGAUGUUCAGAUUAUCUGAUGUACAGGAUCUAGCUCGAUUGGUUGAACUACAGGACGAUGAGAUCGAGGGUCGCGUGGCUUUACGUUAUCUUAGAAAUUAUGUAGGUGCUGUUUUGUUCAAUAUUUGCGACUUCUCCGAAACGAAGUCACGACAAACGUUCCUGUUCAAUGCCUCACGGAUUGUUAUCGCAGUUAGCAAUUUUACACUGGAUCGUAUGAUGCUGGUUACAACUCCGGCGCAGUCUUUACUUAACAGCGUGUCUCGCUGUCCAUCAGGAUAUCUGGAGUGCCAAGUAGUCGGUACUAGAGUGUGUAUCGAUUCUACGAAUGCAUGCGAUGGAGUGCCAAAUUGUGGUUCUUAUGAUAUAUAUGACGAAGAUAAGCUCCUGUGUGGCGCUUCCAAGGAUCUCCAACAUAAUGUAUAUCUCGCCGCUUUCACCUUCCUAGCCGUGCUUCUCACGAUGAUCUACACCGUUCACUAUUGGCUCAAGAGAUGUGUGCCCGGAGUCUCCGAAGCUUUCUUCGUCUACACAGACACUUCUGAAAAUACAUUGUUUUUGGAUUCUGUUAUGAGAUCGCCAAUGGAUGUGGAUGACGCUUCAUGUAACUUAAUGUUUUCUGGACAUUAUUUCGAUGAUGACAUUCUAUACGAAGACAAAGAAGCUAACGUCGAUGGGAAUGUGUGUACAAAAAUCUUUAGAAAAUGUAUCGAACUUUGUUGUUGUAAAAGAAAACACGAAGAUAGGUACUCUAAAGAUAUUAUUAAGGAAUAUGAUUUAAAACCAAGUGGCUCAACGUACAUGUUUCCCUUCACUGAACUAGAGUUACGAAAAUACGCGCAUAUUAAUUCAAAGGAUGAAGCGAUUCAAACUGGUGAGAGUUGUGACCAAAUUAACCCCAAAGAAAUUAAAAACGAACUGCAAUACGUGGAUGCUAUUAAAGAUUCCCUAACUAAAAUCCAAACUAACAAUCACAACGUAGACUACGCAAAAGAGCUGAGUCUAAUAAAGUUUGCCAAGGAAACGAGAUCAGCGUCGUCGCAAAGCGAUACAAUUUCUGAUGACCUGAAAGAUUUCAAAACUGAUAGACGACAUGCAAUAAUUGCUGGCAAUGAAAAGGAGAUAAAAAGUACCAUUUAUGAUCAUGGAUCAAAUAAGAUGGCACCUGACAAUAUUCCUGUUACAUGUGAAGUUCAUAUUGAAAAACAUAACAAAAGAGAAAAUGUAAGACGCUUACGUUUCGAAGAUGUACCCAUGAUGAUACCUGAAUCAGAAAACGACGAAGACGACACAGUAAGCACAAGUAUCGCGAGGCGUAAUGUGGUGUUCGGAGUAGGACAUAAAAAACAAGAUCUUGAGGCUAUUACUGAAACUGACGAAGCGGGUAGCUCUAGCAAAGAUUUUAUGCGGUUUUGGGGAGGAAAGGGUAAAAAGAAUAAAAAGAAAGAAAAAAAUCUUUCGAUGCGUUAA